AUGGGCCAAGGAGCUGGCGAGGAGUGGGAAGUCGAAGAGGUUCUGGAUGCCAAGAUGCGCUAUCGGAGCAUUUGGUACUUCAUGCGGUGGAAGGGCUACGAUUCGUCGCACGACCAAUGGGUUAAGCACUCUGAUAUCUUCGCAGAGGAUGCUAUAGCGGCAUUCUACCGCAAGCACCCCAACAAGCCACGCGUCAUUGCCGCCGCCAUCUUCGACUCCCUUCCGUUCCAGCACCCCUCUGCCACCAUCCGCACGUUGCGUCGAGGCGCCGCAAUCCAAGGGGGGGGGUGA